AAUUUGUAUACCUAUAAUUAUUGAUAAAUUACAUUUUUCAAAAAUACGACGCCGGCGGCCGAUCACAAUAUUUAAAUAUUACUAUUUUUUUUUUCUUUUAGUUUUACACUAUAAUUAUUGUUAUAUUAUUACUAUAUUUUUUAAAUAAAUAACAGUUUGUUAAAGACAUCUAAUAUAGCUUAAAAUGGAACCUAUGGAAGUGACUAUUGGCGACGAAGAAUUCAUGAUGGCUAAAGCAAAAAGCUAUUUAGAAACGGAUUGUUUUAGAUGUCGAUCGUGGUUACUCACUGCGAAAUCCAUGUUUCCUUCCAACUUUAGCAUACACUAUGAAUGUUACGAAAUCGAGAAGAAUUUACGCUGUGUCCAGAGAGCAGCUAGAUGUUUCAGUUCCUUAUUAGAAGAUUUUCCAAAUGAACAGAUACUCUGGAAAGAAAUUGAAAAUUUCACACCGGUUUUAUGUAUGGAUACGGCGUGUCUGUCAGAGGAACAAACAUUUUUCCGUGAAAUGUUUUCUGCGCUUCCUUUGUCAAUUCAACAAAAACUACUGUCAGUUUGCGCAGAAAGAAGUGAAGAUACAAUGGAACAUUGUCGUUUGGUACUUUUGCUGUUAAACCGUUUUCCUCAAUCUUCAACUGAAUUAGCGCUUAAAUUAAUGGAUACAAUGAUUGCAGCAGAAAAACAUAAUCAGUGUCAUAACGUUAUAAACUGUUAUAGAAAGAUUCUAGUAUGUGACCUUGGACCCUUAUUAGUAUCUACAAAUGCAUUAAAUCAGAAAAAUCUCUAUAAAAUGUUGACAAAGACAACAGAAUUUUAUAUCACCUAUGCUAUGGGAGGACACACAACAAUUCCAAAGUUACCUGAAACUGAAAACUGUAUUAAAACACCUUGGGAAGACUUAUUUGCUUCAUGUGAGCGUAUUGGAAAGAAACUAUCUUGGGAAUUGAGAUCAGUUUUAAGUCAAAGUGAUAGAAAAAAAGCAUGGAAAAAAGUAUCCAGUUUUGCGAAAAAAUUUGUAAUCGCUUCAAACAACAGUGAACUCAGUAAACAAUUAGUGUUUUGUGGUAUGAUACUUUUUGUGAAACAUGUCUAUGAUUAUAACCAAUCGCUAAAAUCAGAAAAUGGAGCGGAGUAUUUAUUAGUAAAAGUCAUUAAAGGCCCAAAAGUGCAAAUCAACAAACCUCCAUCAAAACAAACAGUUUUAUCAAUGGCCACAAAAUUAAAUGAAUCACUAAUCGGUAUAACUGAUGAUUCGUCAGAAGUUCUUGAUAACUUUAAAAUGGCAUUUAACUAUUGGGAACUACUAACUAACAAAGAACCCAUGUGCACAGAUUAUUGGAAGCUCAGUGCUCAAAUUAAAGUAGAUACAUAUAUAGGUCAAUUUUUAAGAGAUAUGGAAUUUUACCAAGGAAAAUACAAAAAUCUUUUUAAAUAUGUACCAGCUGAAGAAAGUAUCAGAAGAUCAUUAUCAUUAGUAAGCUUGUCGUAUUGUGUGCAACAAUUCAAGAAAUGUGUUGAACAUAUUUUUGAAGUUGUCAAACUACUAGAAAACUUAAGUUUAUACGGAGACGUUUCUUCUGAAAUAGCAAAUCCUCCGGAAGAAAGAGAAAUGUAUUAUAUUAAAAUUGCAAAACUGCCAGUAUUGCAAUAUUGCACUAAAAUUAUGGUUCAAAUUCUCUAUAAUCAUUUGAUGAAUUUCUCUACUGCCAGUGAUCUUAUUGGUCACUUAUUAGUAUUGUCACAAAUUGUUUGGCCUAGCGAAAUUGCGAACGAUAUGUACGAACGCAUAUCUAAACUCACCGUAUUUACCUAUCCACAGUUCUCUGAUUAUAUCACCAACAUUGAUAUUAUAGAACAGUUUAUGGCUAUGUUUAUAGAAAACGAAAAAUGUGUUCUAAAUGUUUUUCCAUGUGUAGCUAAUUCUUUAAGUCCGAGAAUAUCAACAAGAGGAGCAGGAAAAGGUGUGAAAGAAGAAUUCAGAUUUGCAAUUAAGAAACAGGUAUCAAGGUGGUCUGAACCAAUAGACGAGACACUAAUAUUGUUUUUUAAAAAGGAAAAAGAAAGUCUAAUGAAUAUCACUUCUAUUGUGGAAAGAUCUCUCAUGUAUUAAGCAUAAUAUGUUUUGUUAGUAUGUUAACUACACAAUACAUAUAUUAUACAUAUUAUAAUAUACAUAUAUUGAAAUAUAUAUGUAUAUAUAUAUUUUUGUAUUAAGUUUCUAUGUGUAAUUGAAAUGAACCUUCUGGUGGAAUAUUCAAUAAAAUGUACAUAAUGUUUGAAUAAGUCAAUAAGUCUGUAGUGUUUGUCGAUUCACAAUAUCUGUAAAUAAGAUACAAAUAUACAUUUUAAUGAUUGUUUUAUUGA